AUGCCGUGGUCCCCCCUCCCACGCAUCGCCUUCGCCAUCGCCAUACACCCCUUCAACCCCAGCACACGCGACGACCUCCCCCUCGAGCUCGGCGACGAGCUCUACAUCAUCGAGUCGUGCUCAAACUCCCAAUGGUACCGGGGCUACCUCGUCGCGCCGCCGUCGCUCCUGGCGGGCCUGACCAGCAGCAAAGGUGCGACGCUCGAGGCCCGCGUCUUCAGCGGCAUCUUCCCGGCGGCCUGCGUCGACAUAAAGGAGUACCUGACCACGGAGGUGCCCAUCCUGCCUGAGGACGCAAUGGGGGAGGACCACCACCAGCAGCAGCACCACCACCACCAGAGUGCGAGGGGGAGUCGGGAGCUCGAAGACGACGACAACGAAGAUGACGACGACGAGUAUGAGUACGACCAGGAGGGCACGGUGGACGGGAGCACGGGGUUUAGGUACUACAGCGACGGCGUGGAGGUCAACGGACACUCGCUCCCUGCCCCGCCGGGCGGCCGCCGCCAGAAAGAGGAGGGGAAGAACGUGGCGAGGACCAUGUCGGGCAAGUCGCGACGGCGGAAGCAGUCCGUGUCAACGCCGACGAAUCGGCAGUCGGCCAUGACGCUCCCGCCGCGGCGGGACAGGGAUCGACCACGCCCUGCGGCUCCGGUGCCGAUGCUGAAGGUUGGCGAUGAGACGUCGAGCUUUGAGAGCGAGCCAUUGGUGGAUGAGAUUGCGUCCUGCCUGAGAGAGUGGCAUGCGGCGAACCUGCAUGAGCUUCUCCUGAAUAGGCAAUACCCGCUGCUUGACGAGAUCUCGGGGUUGAUCCAUACGCUGGACCUGAGUAGGCGGCAACUGCUCCAUGGCGUGCUGACAAAGAGUGAGCUUGUGGAAACGCGGGAGCGCACUGUGUGGGCGCUCGUAAAGGGGAAUAAGAUCCUCUCGAGGGAAAUCAUAGUGCGAGAUCCGGCGUCGGGGAGGAUACUAACUGGCGAUGACAGCAGCGUCGAGAUUACGAGCCUGCAGUCGCAGAUGUCACUUUUGGAUGCGCCGCCGGCCCACGCGAACGACGGAGUCGCGCUGCAUCAUCUACUAUUAGAACACAAGUCGUUUGUGGGCAUUACUACGGAGCCUGUCACGCUGGUAUUUUACCUGGCGACAAAGGCGAAUGUACCGGUAUCGGAGAGCUUCAUGAUAGAGCUGGGGCCCGGGGGAGUCCCGACAGAUGGCCAGCUCGGGAGGAUGCAGACUCUAUUUACCGAUUUGAGCUCGAGGGAUGCUGCGGAGGAUGUGUUUUUGGUGGUUAGGAUAUAUACGACUGUCACGGUGGUUUCUCCGCCGGGGCCACAGCUCCAAAAUAAGGGCAAUGGCUUUGAGAAUACGCAGGGGAUCAAGGCGGCACACACAAUCAGCACGUCGACCGUAUCUCCGUCGAAAGAGGACAAGAAGCUGAAAGGCCGAGUCAGCGUGCUAUUUAACCCGCGACCGAACCCACGACCCAAGACCGGCGAGAAGGGGCAGAGGGAGCUCGGCGGAGUUCCAGAGGCCUCGCCGGUGAUGCAGAGGAGGCAUACUAAUGAUGAGAAUAUGUCACCCAUCACGUCUCCGAUCAUGACAGAUGCACCCCCGAUCCCGGCAUUGCCUCGGAGAUUCUCGUUCAAGAAGGCCUUGGGAGUCGGUGUCCUCGAUGUAGGCAAGUUUGUAAAGCAGGAUCAGGGCACAGAGCAGGUAAUGCGGAUAUAUGUCCCCACUGGCUCCGCCGGAUCAACACCUACAUCCACAUCAGCAGGCAGCGGCGGUCCGACGGGCGAGAAGAACGACGCUAGCAGCGACCGAAGCGGCAGCGGAGGUAGAAAGAGAGAUAACAGUAACUCCUCCAACCAUGACAAUGAGGACUGGGACCGUCUUAUCAAGGACGUAAUUGAGUCAAAGACCGGGAAAUAUGAGAAAUCUGCCCGUGCAGACCGUUUGCAUCUAUACCUUCGCCCAUUCGCAGCGGCAGACGCAGACGUGCUAGUAAAGAACACGCCGACACUACUCCAUAACAUCAACUGCGCGCAAAAAAUUGGAUUUUCAGGGGCACCGACGAGGCCAAGGAGCGACAUCUAUGUAACGUUAGACAGCGCAAUGCUUCCCCGACAUGGCAUGCUCCUUCACCCGAAAUUAGGCAGCUGCGCGCUUCCGCCCGCGAGUUACUUCAACUCUCUCCAGGUAUCACUCGAAGUGCGCCGCCCCAACGGCGAGCAGAUCAAAGACUGUAUCUUCGCCGCUAGCAACACCCCCGCCCUCACGGUCUGGAAGAGUGUUGUUGUCAACCGUGAAGAGAGUUGGAACGAGACAAUUAAGCUUGUUCUUGAUGAUGAGGACGUGCCAAACGCACACGUAUUUAUGACGGUCAGCGGGGUGCCGAAUGCGCCUACUGCGCUGGCGUGGCUGCCGCUGUGGGAGCAGGAGGCGUUCCUGAGGGAUGGAGAUUACUCGCUGCUGCUACAUAAGUAUGAUGACUGGACGAGCUCGCCGAUUAGCACCAGCUCGGGCGGCGGCAAUGGAUAUCUUUCGCAGCCAUGGACUCCCGGGGAUGAGGGCUGGGCGGCGGCACUGAGUAUGGGUGGGGUAGCGAGCUCAAUAAAGUGGAAGAAUAUGAAGCAGGAAGAGGUUGUAGCUGUGCUCAAGAAGAUGGUCUUUGUGCCCGAGAUGGAAGUGGUAAAGCUGUUAAAGGAAGUGUUUGACGCACUGUUUGGCGUGCUCGUAGAGUAUGCAAAGGAGAACGAGGUCGAGGACCUGGUGUUUAAUGCCUUGAUCACAGUGCUGGGUAUUGUCUAUGACCGCCGUUUCCACCUCGAGCCCAUGGUGGACGAGUACGCCGAGCAGCACUUCGACUAUCCCCUCUCCGGGCCCUGCCUCCUCCGCUCCUUCGCCCGCCUGCUCCAAGACCCCACAAACAGCGAGAUCUCCCGCCGGCUCCGCAGUACCUUCAAGGUCGGCCGCCACGUCUUCCGCUUCAUCGUCAAAGCGCGGGAAAAGCAGCUCGCGAAAGAGGCAGGACUGGGCCUCAACGGCAACAGCGGCUUCAUCAAAGAGCUCCACGGCAUCUUCAAGCUCCUGGAAAACCUCAUGCGCAAUAACGCACCCAUGCUUGUUGGGUCGCAGACGCUCGCGGUGCAGCACUUUCAUCUGUGGCUGCCGGAGCUGGCGACGACAAUGAUGACGCGCGAGGAGAUCCUGCUGCUCGCUAUCGACUUUAUGGAUGCGUGUGCGGAUGUCAAGGGGAAGCUGAUCCUGUUCAAGCUCGUGCUGAUCAUCAACUACUCGCGCUCGCAGCUCUUCUCCAUGCCAGAGGACCGACGGGCACUGACGCUGAAUACCGUACGAUGGCUUGCCCCGCACUGGGGGAAGACGGACGACGUGAGUAGGCAGUGGAGGGACCAGGUGCGGCUGUGUUGUAGUGUGCUUGCAUGCCAGGUCGAGGAGCUCGGCGAGGAGGUCUCGGAGUACAUCCCGAAGAUCAUUGACUCCUACUGCGCCAUCCAGGCCACGGGCCGCCACGAGAGAGAGACGUUCUCGCUGCUGUUUCCUAGGACGUAUCCAUUCCCGACGAAGAGCAUCCCCGACAGACCUGUAUUUGACGAGGCGCUGAUUGAGCUUGCGGCGAUACUGGCGGCCGUGUCGAGCAUCCCCACGGGCCUGCAUCUGGACCUCUCGGAGGAGGAGCUGGCAAAAUUCCUGAUGGACGAUCUGCAGGUGCAUCUGAGUAUCCUCUCGUGCGAGGCGUUCCCGGAGAGCUGGCUGAGCGUGCACAUCUACCAGCACCGCUCCACGCUGCGGACCCUCGAGACACUGGCGGGGGUGCUGGUGGAUACGUUUUUGCCUGAUCCGGACGAUGCGGAGCGGUUCAACACGGAGCUGUGGCAAGGGUUCUUUAACACGCUGCUGACGCUCGUGGGGUCGGACGCGUUGGCGCUCGAGACCUUCCCGGAGCAGAAGCGGCGCGCGGUGUGGAAAGUUGCUGGCGAUGUGCGGGAACAAGGCGCGGAUCUACUAAGGAGGACGUGGGAGAGUAUUGGGUGGGAGACGAGCGAUGAGGAUCGCAGGCGCUUCGGCAUCGAGAAGAUGGGCGGGUACCAGGUGCAGUAUGUGCCUGGGCUUGUUGCGCCGAUCGUGGAGUUGUGCUUGAGCGUGCAUGAAGGAUUGAGGAGCGUUGCGGUGGAGGUGUUGCAGACGAUGGUGGUGUCGGAGUGGACGCUGAGCCAGGAUUUGAGUGUGAUUCAGGCGGAAAUGAUUGAUAGCCUGGAUAGGUUGUUCAAGUCGAAACGCCUCACGGAGAGUAUUACGCAGAAGCUUUUUAUCGCCGACUUGAUUGAUCUGUUCCAGCCGUUAUCGCGAAUCCCGGAUGAUCCAUUGACAGUCAAGGUCCACUCGCUGCUGCACACGAUCGAUGAGUUCCUGGACCUUCUGGUGGCGGUGCAUAACACCCCGCUCGGUGAGGCAUACCAUAUCAUGGAUACGCUGCGGUUGAUGGAGUUCCUGAAGGAUAUGCGGAAGGAGGAUAUGUUCAUUCGCUACGUGCACCAGCUCGUCAUCAUACAGCUCGACGCCCAGAACUACGUAGAGGCCGGGCUCUCACUAAAGCUACACGCUGACCUGUACGCAUGGGACACAAACGAGAAGGUCCCUGCGCUUGUCGACCCCCCCUUCCCGGAGCAGAGUGCCUUUGAGAGGAGGGAGGCGCUGUUCCUGGAGAUGAUCAAGCAUUUCGAGGACGGGUACUCGUGGGAGAAUGCGCUGGAUACUUACAAGGAGCUUGCAGACCAGUACGAGAAUGUGCUCUACGACUAUGCAAAGCUCGGAAAGUGCCAUCGUGCCAUGGCAAAGAUCCACGAAGACAUCCUGCAAGGGUCUGGUGACGGAUACAAUCCGAGGUUCUUCAGGGUUGCGUACCUGGGUCUUGGAUUCCCACUUGGGCUACGGGAUAGGCAGUUUAUUGUGCAAGGCAAUCACUGGGAGGGUCUCGAUGCGUUCACAGACCGUAUACAGAUGCAGCACCCGGCCGCAAAGAUUGUAAGCAGCGUAGCGAUCGACUCUGUCGAAGGCCAGUUCAUCCACAUCACCUCCGUCGAGCCCGAACACGACAUCGGCCACCCCGUGUUCCAGCGCUGCAAGGUCCCGCCCAACACGCGCGAGUUCCUGCUGCAGCGGCGGCCGAGGAGCUUUAGCUUUGCGGUGCCGCUGUCGAGCAGCGCUGCGGGUCGCGUGGGCAUGUGGACGGAGAAGACAAUCUACAACACGUCCGAGCGCUUCCCGACGAUACUGCGGCGCAGCGAGAUUGUGGGCGUGGCCACGUGCACCGUGGGACCCGUCGAGAAUGCGAUCCAGGCUGUGAUGAUGAAGACAAAGGAGCUGAGCGUGGUGGAGAAGCGCUUCGCGGAGAUCAAGAGCGGGACUGGCAGUGCGGGGGGUGAUGGGGCCGGCGGGGUGGCGCAGCUCAGUAUGAUCUUGACGGGCGAGGUGGAUGGCGGGGUGAGCUCUUAUAGGGAGCUGUUGAGUGAUGAGAGUGUGGAUCCCGCGCUGAGGAAUGCGCUGAGGAUGGCGAUGCUGGAUUAUGUGGCGACACUGAAGAAGUGUUUGGCCGUGCAUGGGCGGUUAGUUGGUGCAUCUGGAGGAGGGGCACAGGGCGGUGGGAAGGGCUUGCAUGAAGGGCUGUUGCGAUUCUUUGAGAAGAACUACAAGCGUGAACUCGCAGCCCUCGCACCACCCCCGAUACAGAUCAAACCCCCAAUCAGCCCCGGCCAAUGGAAAGCACCACUACACUCUCCCUCAACACCAACACCAAUACCACUCAAGCAGCACCACAAGCGCCCCACCCCACUCUCCAACCCCUCCCACGGCAUGCCACUCCCCUUCUCCCUCCCGCAGCUGCAAACAUCCCUCCUAGACGCCGACACCAUGAGCGUCGACUCGGUCAGCGUCGACGCCGUCAGUGUCGUCGGCAGCACCCAUCGCGGCCGCCUCGCCAGCAUGAUCUUCGGCGGCGGCCACGGCAAGGGCGACGGCAUCGUCGCGAGCGUCACCGCAACCGCCACAACCGGCGUCAACAUGAACGGCAACGGCACAUACCACUACACCAAGGCACCGCCGAUCCCGGAGGAGCCGCGGAGCAGGACGCGGAGCGAGUCGGUGUCGACGCGCAACACGAGCACGAGCAGGGGGAGGGAUAGGAGUAAGUCGCUGCGCAGGCGGAGGCCUACGGCCGACUCGCUGGAUGAGCUGAAUGAUGUGGAGUCGAGCCCGGGUGGGAAGGGAAGGCCGAGUACGAGCAGCACGCGGCCGCCGAGGAGUAGUGGGAGUGGCGUGGUGAACUCGAUGGAGCGCGGGGUGGGGAGUGUGAAGAAGCGCUUUAGUAUGUUGAAGCUGAGGGGGAAGGGGAGUAAGGGUGACGUGAAGGGGAAUCCAAAGUUUGGGGAGAGCGUCAGUGAAGUGGGGAGUGUGGCUGAGGAAGAGUAG